AUGUUUGCCUCGAAAGCGCAGCACUUGCGCGGUUCUGCCACCAUUAAAUCCGCAAAUUCUCGACGCUCUUUCAAAGUCUCCGCUGUGUCGGUAAACACGGGCAUUAAAAAAACCGAUCUGAAAGACGGCAAGUUUGUCUUUGAGAGCGACACCAAAGGUCGAAUCUUGAUCCAAGAGUUCAUGGGCGAACUCUACGCCAUCAACAACAAGUGCCCGCAUUUAGGUUUACCGCUUCAAGGAAAAACGCCGUUGCUUUCUGCCACGUGCACGAAAAACGGCGGCGUCGUGUGUUCCGUCCACGGUUCCGGUGCGUUGUUUUGCAUUUCAUUUUCCAUUCAUAUCUUACUCAUAAAACAUCAUCUCAUCAUCUUAAUCAAAACGACAGAGUUCGAUUUAAAAACGGGCGCCAAUGUGGGCGAGUGGUGUCCUAAAGUUCCCACGUUGCCGGUGAUUGGGAAACCCAUGGCGGGUGAGCCGAAACCAGCCGAGGUGUACCCGGUGUCCGUGGACGAAAACUCCGGCGAGAUUGUUUUAGAGUUGUAA